UUUGUUACGGGAAUAAGUACACCGAUACCCGUAAACAUCGAAGGUGGUUCACUAUCUUGGUUUACUAAUUUUCAAGUAAUUUACGAUUUACCCGAUAAUGUCACUUAUUUCGAACCUUAUAAAAUAAUGGAAAAAAGAUCAGUUAAAAAUACAUUUAAAAGGUUAACAAUAUACCGUGCUUUAUCCGAAUACAUAAAUGGGUAA